ACGGGCUAAUGUCAAUGACGUUGAUCGUACACUGGGUUCACUGUAUCGCCUGGGUGGACAGUAUAGUUACUUCAACAUUAAAUGGAAUAAAAUGCCGCGGAUUCAUGUAAAUAGAGACGUCGAUUAAGCGUGAUUAAUUAAUGCUUCGUAAACAAGGCGGGUCGAUUCUGGAGCCGGUGUCAACAGGCCUGUGUUCGUUUUUUAUCAACAAUAUUUCAGGGAGAGGAGCGACGUCCUCCUUCAGCACAGCAGCUGCAGGGAAGUUUGUCACUUCAGUCCCUGUGGAACAAACCAUGAACUGAGGUCUUCUCCUCUCAAACUUCACACAUCUCUUCACCCUCUCCUCUCCUCAGUCGGAGGAUUCGACAAAGUUGCCUCGACACACCUGGUCAGAGAAAUGCGUGUGUGCGUGUUUCCUCGGAUGCUGGAUUGUGUGUGACUGUUUUUUUUUUUUUUUUUGCUGAAGUAAGAGGUCACAGGCGGCACUUCCCCUCUCACCCUCAGAGAGGGGCUUCUACACUUGACUGACUACAACAUUUGUGUCCACAACCACAAAGCAUUAUGGGUAGGAAAAAGAUUCAGAUUCAGCGGAUCACGGACGAAAGGAACAAGCAGGUGACGUUCACAAAGAGAAAGUUUGGCCUGAUGAAGAAAGCCUACGAGCUGAGUGUCUUGUGCGACUGCGAGAUCGCACUGAUCAUCUUUAAUCAUGCAAACAAGCUGUUUCAGUACGCCAGCACUGACAUGGACAAGGUUCUGCUCAAAUACACAGAGUACAACGAGCCGCACGAGAGCCGAACCAACGCAGACAUCAUCGAGACUUUGAGAAAGAAAGGCUUCAAUGGUUGUGACAGUCCCGAGCCGGACGGUGAAGACUCCAUCGACCAAAGUCCCCUUAACGACGACAAGUACCGCAAGACCACAGAGGACCUGGACGUUCUCUUCAAACGCUACGGACAAACGGCAGCUCCGCCCCAGACCUUCUCCAUGCCUGUCACAGUCCAGUCGUCCAAUCAGAGCACACUGCAAUUCAGUAACCCUGGCAACGCACUGGUAACUACCUCCUAUGUUACAUCAUCGACGCUCACAGAUACCCACCUCCUGUCGCCACAGCAGCCGGCUCUUCAGAGAAAUGCAGUGUCACCUGGGUUGCCACAGCGACCAGCCAGUGCAGGUGCUCUCCUCGGAGGCGAUCUGAAUAACUCAAACGGAGGAUGUCCAAGUCCAGUCCCUAAUGGAUACACCAGUGCCAGGGCCUCCCCAGGCCUCCUCACUGUUUCCAACGGCAACAGUCUGGGGAAAGUAGUUCCGGCCAAAUCUCCACCCCCACCUCCGAGCCCCCAGAUGGUCAACAGCCGCAAGCCAGACCUCCGAGUCAUCACCUCACAGGGCGGAAAGAGCCUCAGGCAGAUGAACGCUCAGCGGCUCGCAGCAGGAGCUCAGGUGGCUCAAAGCCUCACCACACCAGUGGUCUCUGUGGCAACACCGAGCCUCCUGGCACAAGGGCUGCCCUUCUCCGCCAUGCCCACAGUGUACAACACAGAGUACCAGCUGACAAGUGCAGACAUCACUGCUCUACACGCUCUGGCAUCACCUGGCGGUUUGUUGCCAACCAGUGUGUCCCCAUGGCAACAGCAGCAGGCUGUUUCCCAGCAACCACAGCAACAGCAGCAGCAGGCCCAGCAGCAACAACAACAACAACUUAAUCCUUCAUUACUCAGCAACUUGGUCAUGUGGGGCAUGGACAAACAGAACGAGCUGUCUAGCCAGGUGUCCAGUCUGGCUGCAAAUCUGAGUGUUGGCUCUCCGUCCAACCUGCUCUUGGGUAGAGAUGAGUGGUUGGGCCGGCCUGUGACUCACAUACCUCAAGCCAUGCUGACCGUCAGCACCAACUCGAGCGUGAGCAUCAAGUCGGAGCCCGUCUCGCCCGGCCGCGAUCGCAGCACACCCUGCCCUCCUCCAUCUUCCUCCACGCCGUCCUCGACCACAGCCGGAUCCAUCCUGACUGCGCCGCCGCAGUACCCGGGCUCCCUGCUGUGCCUGGAGCCCCCGACGGGCCGCUCACCUGCUGACAGCGUGAGCAGCAACGCCAGCUCCUUCGAAGGGAGUGAUCGUGACGACGGCGGCGCGACCGGAGGCGGAGGAGGCAACGCGGGAGGAGGAGGCGGAGCUACAGGAAGCGUUGGCCCUGCCGGCCGUAAUGUCCCGCCCGACUUUAGCCCCUCGGCCGAGCUCCUCCGGGCGUCAAACGAGCAGGAGCAGGAGGGAGGAAACAUCAAGCGCAUGAGACUGGACGCCUGGGUGACAUAGAGGCUUUGCACGCUCACUGAGGUUUUGGGGACACUCAAACACCCACAAACACACACCCACACUCAUCCUUAAAAAACCCCACUGCCCAAUCCCCCUCACCCACUGCCAUGUGACACUAUCAUCACACAUCUGCCUCUGUCCCAAAUUAUACAGCUCAGCUGCGUCACACAGACCUACAAGGCUUUGCCAAAUAACAGAAAAGAAUUCAAGAUGUUGUGGGGAUCGCGCUCUGAGAGGGACGACAGUUUUAUGCUCAGCUGGAUCUUUUUUCCCGGGUCGUCCCGUGAACAGACGAACAGUAGAUUUUGAAAGCCUUGUUGCUUGAAUGGACUCCCCCUUAUAGUCAUUUUUAUUGUUAGAACAUUUAUCUUUCACAUGGUUUCUGCAUAACCUUCAUGUAUUUACACACAGCUCUGCUACAUUGUUCGCAGUGUGAUUGGUGGCUUUGUUGUCAUUAUGGGACUUUAUGCUGUAUGACUCACUCUUUAAACCCAGCGUAGCUUGGAUUGUGUGCCGUUCAUUCUUCCAUUAAGUCACUUCAAACUGCACUUUUGGAUUAAAUCUGGACAAGUGUGAGGGCUGAGCAUAAAUAUAUCUGGCACUGGGCAAACAGACUCACACAGGGUUGUCUGAGAGACCCUGCCAGGGUGCCAAUUUUCGACCUCUCUGCAACAAGAAAAAAUGCCAAAUGCCUCUUGCAAAGUGUGCAGGGACUCAGACGGAUUAUCACUCACACUGUCUGGAAAAACUACAAGAACCAGGAACUGAUUCUUUGAAUUCUUCAGCACUAUCUCCUUAGACUGGGGGGGCUCCUCCUCCCGUUCUCUCCUCAUCUCCUCUGGAAGUUGGAUUGGAAUUUGUUGCAGCAGAAAUCCAGCCAAUCAGCACUCAGCUUAUUAUAGAGGAGUAGAUGCCAUCCAGUGAAAUGCAUAGUGAGAGUUUUUUGAGCCUUUGGUGGCUGUUUUUGAGGUAGGGACGUAUUUGGUUUUUUCAGUCCAAGUGUUCUUUAUCUGUUGGUAUUUAAAAAAAAAAAAAAAAAUGUUUUGAAGGUCUGUUAGUUGUCCAGAAGUAGGAAUUCUGACUUUGUAUAAAAAAUCACUCCUUAUACAAAAGCUUUGAUGUCCUCUUUAGCUCUCUCUAGCUCUCCUUAGCUCUUUGCCGUGUUUGGAAAAAGUGUAAGGAAAAAAGACAUUUUCUAUAUUUCUACCGCUUCAGUUGGCGACAGAGUAAAAAUAGCUUUUCAGCUUCAAACCACGUUGUAUGUACAUAUGAAUAUAUUUGCAUAGACUUUGCUAGGUAUCCCUAAAAACAAGCAAUGUGUUGAUUCUCAGUGGAUCUGUUUGCAUAUAUGAGUGUGAAAUUGAUAUGUGCAGGGGUAAACGCCACACUAGUCUGUGCUAGUGGAUCGAACUUGUUUCAGUAAACCUAUUUUAUGCUCGUGUUGAUGGUGUGUGCACUUUCUGUCCCUCACACACAAGAGGCCUGCUUGGUUGUGGUGUCAUCAUAUUCUCCUACCACACAAAAAAUAAACCCCACGAUCAAAGUGAAGUCGUCCAUAACCACCUAAACAUGGAAUGAUUAGGACACUGCCAUUCACUUGUAGUGUAGUUAAGAGAUUAAUCACUUCUUUGACGCUUAAAGAAUCAUGUUAGAUCUUUUCACAUUAAGCAGACACAGAUUUUUUGCCUUUUUUCACAUAGAAAUGAAGUCAAGAAAUUGGCUAACAAGUGCUGUGUUUGUUGUUUAAUGGUAUGUUUUUUUUAGUACAAACUGUCUGAACCAUUUCAGGUUAGUGUGUGAGUGUGUGUACACGGGUUGUUUAGUCUUCAAAUAGAAACGUUUCUCCUGAUUGCUUGACCUUUAAUCCAGUGAGACGCUGCUCAAAGUGCAGACUGGUGGUGAAAGACUGUUUACUAUCUGCUCAAACCAUCCUUCACUUUUAAAUCAGUGAAGGCGUUGUUAAGGAAGUGGACACGGCUGCUUGUCUGAACUGUUGCCCCUUCAUCGGUCACAGCAGAGUCAAACCAGCGUUUGCACCAACACCAUAAAUUUGUAGAAGAACCUCAGUGUGAUGUUUUCACACCGGUGUUGUUGUUGAUGUUUUUCCAUGAUCAGGUCAUUUUUCCGUCCCUCUUUGGACAGUGUGGAAGCUUUCCACUCUGAGGACUUCAGGUUUUUUCCUUCUGCCAAUCAUCCCCAGCAAACAUUUAAACUUUCACUCUCAAUAAUCAUGUUGGAGAAGAUUUGACUCUUAUACUGAUAAAGAAAAGAUAUCACACAAAGAUGUUGACUAACAUUUUGAGAAAUGGAGUAAAAGGAUCAGAAACAGGUUAGCUUAGCACGACACAAAGGUUUACAUUAACCCUCUUCCUAAUGUAACUAAACACACCUUGCAGGUUACCUUUAAGGGGGUGUUCAUGCCAUGUCCUUAAGUCCAUUUUACAACCAACAUUUUUAAAUAUUUUAUUCCAUCCAGUAAUGUUAUGCAAACAUUGAGAAUCUGCUGUUUUCAUUACUUCUAUUUCAGAUCUUUCCAGGGUGAAAGGUCACGCACUUCAUCACCAUAUAUAUUUAUCCAUCGCACUCAUUGGUGGUUCUCGUUCAGAAAUACACAAACGUUCUCAGUUUAUCCAAAAGCAAAAUCUGUCCUGCAAUAAUUUGAUGACUUUUUUUUAUGUUCUAUUUUGUCUCAGGUUUUUCUUGUGAAAAAUUUAAAAAACAUGCAUCAAAACAUCUGAAUGAAAACACAUGCCAAGAUAUUGUCCAUUUCUACUUGACAGUUAUUAAAGAAAAAUGUUUCCAUUUUUGAUGCUAAGCUAUGCUAACAGGCAGCUGGCUAUAGCUUAAUUUACCAUCGAGUCAUUAGAGCGGUAUCAGUUAUCUCCAACUUCCUUAAAGAAAACUAAAUGUUGAAUCAUUUCUUUUCGAGAUCUAAGCCGUUGAAAUCUCCGUCAGACAGAGCUAACGAUCUGUUUUACCUCACAGACAUUUCCAGUGAAAUUAUAAAAAAGAAUAAUUUAAUUUGUAAACUGUUUGUGUUUGUUGGCGCUGAUGGUGGACUGAAAUGUGACACCACACCGAUUGAGGUUUGUUCAUGUACAAAAAGAUUUCUCUGUCCACUCUGGCAGUGUAGUCCCAAGACAAUCUAUAUGAGAAAUGAAACCUGCACCCCUGUUACUCGUCGUGUACAAUGUUUUUUAGAAUCUCACUAUUUUUGGAUUAAUUUGUGCUGGUGACAGUUCCAUUGUCUUAUUAUUAUUAUGAUGAUGAUAUUAUUAUGGAGCUUUUAUUUUAUUGCUAUUUUGUAGGAUAGUCAACUGUUUUGAUUUCUCUCUCUCUCUCUCUCUCUCUCUUAUAUUUUCAUCCUUAUCAUAAACAUAUAGUACUGGUUUCCUUUUUUUAAACAACAUGCUGAAAAUUGCACGAUCAGUUCUUGUGGUAUUAGCAAAUGCAAUGAAGGAAAUACCAGUUAAAUGCUGCAAUUUUAAUUAAGAUAUAGAAUAUAUUUAUAAAAACGGGAAAACAACUGAAAUUAGUCAUUCAUGAAUAAUUUGAAUCAUGUAAAUGCAUGGGAUACUUGUAACAAGAAAACCUGUGUUACACACAGUAAUGAUAAAGGACAUGCAUCACAAGUGAGUUUGACAACAACUCUGAAUAAUGUAGCAUAUGAAAUACUAAAGAUGAAAUUUAUAGCUAAUAUAUUGUGUUGAGCUAGUCUGCUUUGGGUUUUUGUUGUAAAGAAAAUAUUUCUUUUUGUUGUUUUUUUGAGAAUGAUAUACAGUUUGUGUAUAUUUUCAUAUACAAAGUAUGCACUGAUAUGUUAUUAAAAUUCUAUACCGCUUUUACAAAAAAAGUGUUUGUUGUACCAAAGUAUCCAAGUCCCUUGAGACCUUACCCUUUUUGCGUAUGUUUUACCGUAUUUUAUAUAUUAAAUAGUCAAACUGAGUGAAAUGAA